CAGAACCUUAGCUAUUAAAAUUUGUCAAGGAUUAAGACCAAAGUCUAAUUAUAAAAUUCCUCGAUUAAUUUUAGAUAUAAUUUAUCAAUAUUGGGAUGGUGACUCUCUAAAACGACCUACAGCAGAUGAAAUGGCAGCUUGGAAUUUUGAUAACAAUUGUUGGGAACGAUAUGGAAGACGUGUUGUUUUAAAAUGUAUACAUAACUCACAGGAUAAUAUAGCCGAACUUUUAAAAGAAGCUGAAUCACAUGUUGAAUGAACGUGGACGUUGGGGAGUGAUUCGUUGCUAUGGUUUUACUAAAAAUCCAGAAACAAAUGAAUUUAUGAUGAUAAUGGAACGUGGGAUAAAUGGUAGUUUAAGGCAGUAUCUAGAUAAGGAUUUUGGUUCACUGAUCCAUGAACGAGGAUUAAUUCAUCGUGAUUUUCAUUCUGGAAAUAUGAUAAAUGUUGGUAAUCAAAUUAUUUCUAUUACUGAUUUGGGAUUAUGUCGACCAAUGAAUGCUCAAAACAACGAUACGUAUGGAGUUUUACUUUAUGUAGCUCCCGAGGUUUUAAGAGGAAAAGAAUAUACUCAAGCAAAUGAUAUUUAUGGAUUUGGAAUCAUUGCAUAUUGAA